AUGGAUGUUGUACAAGUGAAAGUUUUGAUUCUUUUUGGACUCUUAGUGGCUUCAUUUCUUAUUGGAUUUAUUCCAGUGAAAUGUAUAUAUCAUUAUAGAAGAAAUUUAGAAACAUCAAUAGUAUAUCGGCGUGUAUUAAGUACUUUGAACUGUUUUGCUGCAGGGGUAUUCAUGGCCACAUGUCUAUUAGAUCUACUCCCUGAAACAAUAGAGGCUUUGGAACCGCAUAUCAAGGAAUCGAAGAAAUUUGAGCAUUACCCUGUGGCUCAGUUUAUAAUGAUUAUGGGACUAAUGCUAAUGUUAACUGUUGAACAAUGUGUUAUAAUUUAUCAGGAAAAACGAGGAAGAAUUAGCCACGAAUCAGACGAUACGAUGAGAACGGAAGCAAUCAAAACCGAAAGAACUGUUUUAUCCAACAAAGAUGAGUUCCACGUAUCAUAUAGUUCUUCGUCAGGUGUCGAAGUAGACGACUCCAAGGGAGAGAGUAAUUCAAAAAAAGACUUUGAGAGCAGUGUAACCCUGUCGGUGAAGAAUUCUGAAACGAACAGUUCUUCCACACUGAGAUCUAUCUUGCUUUUGGUAGCUUUAUCUUUGCAUUCUAUUUUCGAAGGAAUAGCAGUCGGACUACAGAAACAGACUACCGAUGUACUUGAAGUUUUUGUUGGCCUCAGUAUUCACAAAGUGGUUCUUGCCUUCAGUCUAGGUAUGGCAUUAACCCAAAGCAAACUUACGUUUUGGGCACAGAUACGAUCUAUUGUUACUUUCGCCUUAGCCUCGCCGAUCGGGAUGGUUAUUGGUUUGUUAAUUGUUGAAUAUGGCGUAGGAACGACAUCUUCUUUAGCAGAGGGGAUCUUACAAGGAAUAGCUUGUGGAACAUUCUUAUAUGUCACAUUCUUUGAAAUACUUCAACAUGAAUUAGGCAAACCAGACAUUCGGUUGAUUAAAACCUUUUUUAUAUUUCUUGGAUUUAUGUGUAUGUCAGGUCUAUUUUUGAUACAUGAUCACGAUGAACACUAA